AUGAAGGUCCAUAGGCUUCGUCGACAUUGUAUUGCAACCAGGGGAACUUGGUUUCCUAAGAACGUCCAGUUUUUAAUGCUAGAUGAUGUUGUGGUAUCCUACUACAACAGCAGCGCUGAUAGAGAAACCAAGAUCCCUGACUGGCUCAGUCACCCUGAAGGCUUAAAGUUCUGGAAAGAAAUCAGCGAAAAUCUGAAGUUUAAUCGACAUGUGAUGAAUACUGCCGUUAAUCUUAUCAACGAACGGUUAAAUGGCUCUCAUGAUCAUACAUAUCAGGCUCAAGGCUGGUGUCAGCUCAACCCAGACAAUACUACAUUAGCCUCCAUGGGCCAUGCCUAUGAUGGCAAAGAUUUUGUGAGCUUUGAUGUUAAAUCCCAAAUGUGGACAGCUGCUGUUCCAGAGGCUGUCUUUUACAAACUGAAGAGGGAACGGGACCUUGAGGACCUCCACCGUCUCACUACCCACUAUGAGUCUGGAUGUAUUAGCUGGCUGAAGAAGCUACUGCAGUUCAGCCUAAAAGUGCUGGAGAAGAAAGCCCCUCAGGUCAAAAUAGUGGAGGGUCCUACUCAAGACGCAUUUGAAAUGGAGCUCACGUGUCAUGUGACGGGAUUCUACCCAAAGGAGGUGCAGGUUGAGUGGCUGGGACCUGACAACCGCCCCUUGGUGCAGGGAGUGAGUGGUGAUGCAGUUCUGCCUAAUGGGGAUGGUACCUACCAGCUGAGGAGGAGGGUGAGGGUGCCAGAGGGAGCCCAGAACUCUGAGGGCUACAGAUGCCUGGUGCUGCACAGCAGUGUCAGAGGAAAUAUCACUGUGAACUGGGUUCCCAAGAGGAAUCUGUCCAUCGUAUUUGUCACUGUUGGAGUGGUUUCCUUGAUAUUAGCAGCAACAGCAGCAGUGUGGUGCCUGCUCAGCAGAUAA